AUGCAGUUCUCAGUCAAGUCCGCUCCCUUCGUAUUUAUUGUACUUGUCCUGGCAAGUGGGGCAAAGACUACGCCCCUCGCUGCAGAGCUCAGUGCCCCCUCUGAUGAGCCUGCGGCGUACGUCGUGUCCCACGAGCAGAUGAUGCACUGGAUCGCCACGACCGACGCCGAGCUCACCUUCGCCGGCACAGCGAUCAAUCCGCUUACCCCCCUCGCAGAGCCAAGCACCACCGUCACCUACUGUGUUAACCGCGUGGACGAUGUUUGUGGCGGUCCGUGCACCGUGUACACCGGUGCAGCAGUGUGUCUCAGUACACCUAACGUGGUUUGCCUCUCGGCAACGAACAACAUCGGCUUCUGCACCGGCAGCGACUGUCAAGGUACCUGUGGCGAGUGGUUUGCUUGCAACACAUCCCUCAACUUCGGUUUCUGCGCCACUCCAGGAACAGCCUCUAUCCUGAUGCCUGAAUGA